ACUCACCCCCCUCCUCUCGUCUCUCGGCACUCGCGUGUGCUGUCACCCACUGCCACCCCCCCAGAAUCCGUUCACACCGGCAUGCUCCUCGUCUCAAUGUCCCCACGAUGAUCCCCGACGAGCGUGAGCCGCUGCUCCCCAGCCAGCCACAUGCCAAUGGCUCUCCGGCACAUGCCCACGACUUUGUGAUUCGCGCUCGCCUCGAGCAGCACCUCUCGCUCUUCCACGAGGCCAUUGCCACACUGUCCACCACCCCAGACCACCGCAGCGAUGAGCCCAGCAGUAGCAAAGGGGCCAGCCUGUGGUCCCAGCCCCGGACGCUGUACCUCGCCGUCACCGCGACCGCCCUGGGUGCCAUCGGCCAGGGUUGGGCCCAGACCAGCAUGAACGGCGCCAACCUCACCUUCCCGGCCGCCCUGGGCCUCGACUCCUCCUCCUCCUCCGGCAGCAGUAACAGCACCCACGACAGCCUCGUCAUCGGCCUCAUCAACAGCGCCAUAUACCUCAGCAACGGCAUCCUCGGCGCCUGGCUCGCCACGCCCCUGAACCACCGGCUGGGGCGCAACGCGGCCGUCUUCUGCGCAGCGGGCGUCUCCCUGCUGUCGAACCUCGCCGCGGCCGCCGCGCCGACCUGGCAGGUCCUGCUGGCUGCGCGGCUGGUGCUGGGGUGCGCGCUGGGCGUCAUCUCGACGACGCUCAACAUCUACACGGCCGAGUGCGCGCCCGCGGGGAUCCGAGGGGGCCUGGGCGUCUCGUGGCAGCUGAGCUGUGCGUUUGGCAUCUUCCUGGGGUUUGUGGCUAAUGUUGCUCUGUAUGGGGUUGGACCCGUGUCAUGGCGGCUGCAGCUCGCAGCCUCGGGGUUGCCCAUGAUCCCCCUGCUGCCCUUGAUCCUGUGGGUGCCGCAGUCACCGGCCUGGCUUGUCAAGAACGACGAGGGGCGGUAUGACCGCGCCUUUAACGCGCUGCGGCGGCUGAGAAGGACGGACCUCGAGGCUGCGAGGGAGCUGUUUCUCGCGUACCAGGCACAACAGCAACACAACAACAAACAGCUCAAUCCAGAGGCGAUAACAAGGGCAACAACAGCAACAACAACAGCGCAGACACAAACUGGAACACAAGCAAAAAGGCCCGCCUCUACCGCUGCGAGGCUCAUCGAGCUCGUGACCGUCCCGCGCAUCCGGCACGCCACGCUGGCCGCGCACACGGUCAUGAUCGGCCAGCAGCUCUGCGGGAUCAACAUCAUCAGCUUCUACAGCACGUCCAUCUUCACAUCCGCGUCGUUCACCCCGCUCGCGGCCCUGCUCGCGUCGUGCGUCUUCGGCCUGCUCAACUUCCUGUUCGCGUUCCCGGCCGUGUGGACCAUGGACUCGUUCGGCCGGCGGAGCCUGCUGCUGUGCACACUGCCCAUGAUGGGUUUGUGUAUGCUGUUCGCAGGGGUGUCGUUUAGUCUCCCGCCCGGGAACGCCGGUGGCGGUGGUGGUCAUCAUGUGGAUGGCAGCGUGAUGGCGUCAAUGACAACGACAGCGGCCGUAUCGGCACGGUUCGUGCUGCUGGCGAGCAUGGUGUACCUGUUCUGCAUCGCGUACUCGCCGGGCAUGGGCCCCGUGCCGGCGGCGUACUCGGCCGAGGUGUUCCCGCUGUCGCACCGGGACAUUGGCAUGAGCAGUGCCGUGUCGGCGACGAACGUGUGGGCGGCGGCGCUGUCGGCGAGCUUCCCCUGGCUGGUGGGCGUGGCGGGCGAGGGGAAGGUGUUUGGCCUGUACGCGGUGCUCAACGUCGUGGCGUGGGUGCUCGUGUGGGCGUUUGUGCGGGAGACGAGGCGGAAGACGCUCGAGGAGCUGGACGAGGUGUUUGAGCCGAGCGUGGGAGAGUUUGUGAGGGCAGAGACCAGGAGGAUUGUCGAUGCGGUCAAGAUGAUGCUUGGCCGGGCCAGGACUAGAUAGAUGGAAGAGAUCACUUGAAUGUGCCACCACGA